CAAGUCCGCGGUCACACUGCUUUGAAACUUGCCGCGGGUCGGUUCUCGUUUUUUUUCAACAAAAAUGCGCCAACGCGCACCAUCGCAACGCAAAUUGAAACCGCAACGGAAAUAGUUAAUAACGAUUCUAUCUAUUAGCACCAGAUUCCGUCACCUACGAGAGCGAUAAGCACAGAGCUAGAUAAGCGCAACCGUAAAUAACGGUUCAACAGUUGAAAUAAUUAGUUAAUGGACCUGAUCGUCGCCUAGUGGCAGCUGCAGAAGCGCAGUAAAAGCGACUGCACCAGCACCAACACCAGCACUAGAACCAGCACCAAGUUGCAACUGCAACAUUUGCAACAGAAAAACCAGACAAAACGGCGUUUCUACAGCAGCGUCGCCUCUUCGGCGGCGGUAAUGUGUCAUCAACAUCAAUGAAACACCAGCCGCCGCCUCCUCCGCUGCCCUUAACGCAGCCCCCAUCGCUGGGUGGCGGCGGGGUUGGUGGGGUCUCUGGCAGCGUCAUCAGCAGCAGCAGUGGAAGCAGCAGCAUAGUGGCCAAUGCCAUUAGCAGCCUCAAUGGCAACAACAGUGCCACCAGCAGCAGCAGUUGCAUUCAACCAGCCAACAACAACAACAAUCACAACAACAACAUCAACAACAUCAGCAGCAGCUUUGAGGCAGGAAAAUCUCGUCCACCCCUCUACCCAAAACCCAAGACACCCUCGUUUGACAAGGACCGUGACUACAUUGGGUUUGCCACGCUGCCGGAGCAGGUGCACCGGAAGUCGGUGAAGCGUGGCUUCGAGUUCACGCUGAUGGUGGUCGGGGAGUCCGGCCUGGGCAAGUCGACGCUCAUCAACAGCCUCUUCCUCGGUGACCUGUACAAGAACCGCCAGAUGCCCAACGUGGAGGAGCGCAUCGAGAAGACGACCCGCGUCGAAAAGAAGACCAUGGACAUCGAGGAGCGCGGCGUCCGGCUGCGCCUCACUGUGGUGGACACGCCCGGGUUCGGGGAUGCCAUCAACUGCGAGGACAGCUGGCGGGUGUGCACCUCGUACAUCGACGAGCAGUUCCGCCAGUACUUCACCGACGAGAGCGGACUGAAUCGGCGCAACAUACAGGACAACCGAGUGCACUGCUGCCUCUACUUUGUUCCGCCCUGGGGGCACAGCCUGCGACAGAUGGAUCUGGACCUGAUCAGGCGGCUGCAUCGCAAGGUGAACAUUGUGCUGGUGAUUGGCAAGGCGGACUGCCUGAACAAGCAGGAGGUGCGCAAGCUCAAGGAGCGCAUACUGCAGGACCUCGAGGACAAUCACAUACAGCUGUACCAGUUCCCCGAAUGCGACUCCGACGAGGACGAUGACUUCAAGCAGCAGGACCGCGAGCUGAAGGCCUCCAUUCCGUUCGCCGUCGUUGGCAGCAACACCAUUCUGGAGGUCGCCGGCAAGAAGGUGCGCGGCCGCCAGUACCCCUGGGGUGUGGUCAAUGUGGAGGAUCCGGAGCACAGCGACUUCAUAAAGCUGCGCACCUUCUUGAUAUCCACGCACAUGCAGGACUUGAAGGAUACCACACAGGAUGUGCACUACGAGAACUUCCGGGCGCAGUGCAUCUCACAGAUCUCGCAGCAUGCGCUGCGGGAGCGCGGCAAGUUGAAGCGCGACUCGAUCAGCUCGACGAACGGAUUCGAUGCGGCCAUUUCGGAGACGGACAGGCUGCUGCUGCAAAAGGACGAGGAGAUCAGACGCAUGCAGGACAUGCUCACCCAGAUGCAGGAGAAGCUCAAGCAAACGCAUCUCAUGGAGAUGAAGAAGAACGACAGCGUGAUCGAUGUCUAGGCGGAGAGCAGAUUAGAGACAGAGAGAGAUAGAGAUAGAGAGAGAGGAAUCGAGCAAGGGACGUGUUCGAGCGUGUUCAAUUUUGCACCUUGAUAUUGAUACAUAUAUAUAUAUAUAUACAUAUAUGCGAUACGACUUAUAUAAUGUGACCCAGAGAGACACACCUGUCCCAUCCUGGAGCUGCAGCUGCAACCAAAUCAAUUUAUUAAGUUCUUAAGCUAGCACUGUUUGAAAAUGUCGGUGUUUUUGCUCCUUCCGUUUUCUUCGGACAGUCAAUCCAUUAGUUGCAAUCUUAAAAAUAUAAAACGUAGUUUCGAGACUAAGAAAACGAUAGACAACGAUACGAGAACGGUAUUAGCGAACGGUAUUCCGCAGCAGAGACCAAAAGCACAACAACCAAAAUGCAGAGAAUUGAGCCCAGCCCCCAACUGGCAGCUUUCUCCCACUGGCAUCGAAGCCUUUUUCAAUAUUGUAGCUAAUAGCAAUUUGUACGAGCCACAACCCCACCCCCACCCACAUCCCACAUCCCACACGCCACACCAGUUUAUAAGGGUUGCAAAUGGCAGAUUAUCUGAUAUAUAUAUACUUUUUUUUCUCUAGAAUUAUGUAACUAUAACCGAAAACAGUUAUGCAAAACAUUACGUGUACAUCCAUUUUGAUGAUAUUAAUUGUGACAGAGAGUAUUCUAAAGAUAUUGAGUGUGAAUCGCAUUUCAGCAGCAGGGCGAUUUCAUUCGUCAUCAAAUUACGAUAAUCAGUACGAUAUUAUACCAAAGUUUAGGGAGUUUCAAAAACUUGACGGAAUAACAAAAUGUAAAAAAAAAACAGAGCAGAUCAACCCACAGAGGCACUUAGAAUCGUUACAGAGAAAGACAUAGCAAGGAAGCAACUCUUUUUUUUUAUUAAUUAAUUUACUUAUAACUUUUUCUGUUUUUUUUUUUUUGUUUGUUUGUUUUAUUGAUUCCCAAAGAACAAGAACAAAC